CCGAACGGAGGAAAAAUGGCGACGACUCUCUGAAGAGUGGAGUUAAUUUCAUAACAUUUAUGUUACUUAUUAUCGUAAUUCCGGGAGUAAAUUAGAGGAAAAACGAAAGGAAAACAUGACAUCAAUACACUGUGUUGUUCAUCCUCUUCCAGGGAGCGACACACAGCUGAAUGACAGGAUAAGAGAAGUUGCAGAGAAAAUUAGUCAUCAUGGAUUUAACAGUCCUCCAGCAUUUAGUGCCCUGACCAAUGUGACGGUCACACAGUGUGCUGUAGGCCCCAACUGUCUGGCCUUCCUCUUGGAGGAUGGACGUGUUUGCAGACUGGGAUAUUCUAUCGCCAUAGAUAAACUAGAUUUGAACAAAUCAGAUAGUAAAGUUAAGCCUGUGAGCCGACCUGAGCGCAAUGAGAGGACCUCUGUCAUUCCCAGCAGGAACAGUUCCCUGGUGGUGGAGAGCCCUAUGGUGUUAGUGUCUGAUGUCCUCGGCUCCAGUGCUGACCCACCUGCAGGGCGAUGGGGCAGCACUACCACAACAAUAAGUGGAUCUGCUACUACACGCAGCCAACCUGCCUACAGUCGUAUGCAGAGGACAGUUCAUGUUAGUCGGGGUCGAAGGUCAGGGGUCAUCGUGGGAAGCCGACCUCUAGUUCCAGCAUCUGUUGUACCUGAAGAUCUGAUUAGUCAGUGUCAAGUGGUGCUUCAAGGAAAAUCUAGGAAUUUGAUCAUCAGGGAGUUACAGAGAACGAACCUGGAUGUGAACCAGGCAGUGAACAACCUCCUGAGCCGAGACGAUGAGGGUGAGGUAGAGGAUGAGGACAGCCAGGACUCUUACAUGCCGGACGAUCUCAUCUCGCUCCUCGACGGAGGCAUGCACUCAGAACACCCCAGUGUCAUCAUAGAUGCCGACACCAUGUUUAACGAGGAUGUGUUUGGUUACUCUACCCUGAGAAGUAGGACAGCAGGAACAAGAUCCAGGCUAGGUGACAGAGAUCGAGAUCUGGAUAGAGAAAGCCGAGAAUCCAUCUUCCGCAUCCGAGACCGCAGACGUUUAGACACAACACUGAGAGACGAGACACUCAAAUCACUGGAGCGUGACAAGGCAGAGGCCCUCAUAGAGGGAGAGAACCUGAAAAAACAACCAGCCCCUUCUCAGACCCCGGUUAACUUUGGAGAGGACUUGCAUUUCCUGAUGGAGAAAGAUGGAACGUCCAUUACUUUUACUCACAUUGCUGCGAUGCACUCUGACCUGGUUGCCGUGGGAACCAAUGGACAGUUAUACAGCUGGAAGUGGAAUGAGAUGGAGCCAUACAGACAUUAUGAUAACCCCAAUAUCCGCCAUCCUAAGGUGCUACCUCUGGGUCUACAGAAUGAGAGGAUCAUGGGAUUGUCUGCGUGUGGCGUCAGGGCCUCAGUGUUCACCGAGUCUAACAAGGUGGCUACCUGGGUGGACGAGACCCUGAACAGUGUGGCCUCCAAACUGGAGCAUCAGGCUCAAACCUUCCCAGAAUUCCAGACGGAUAAGAUUGUGUCUCUCCACACCUGUUCCCUGUAUACCUGUGCCAGGCUGGAAAGCAGUGCCCUCUAUUGGUGGGGCAUCAUGCCAUUUGGACAAAGGAAGAAAAUGCUGGAGAAGACAAAGAAGAAGAAAACCAAGGAUGGAUCGGUGACCAGUGAUGUUACUGCUGGCUCUCUGGUUUGUUUGAGGAGUUCCCCUAUGUACCACAGUGGUGCCCUAGCCUUCGCCACCAUUGACGGUGUCCCUAAAGUAGGUCAGCUGCUGGAGUCUGCCUGGUCACUGUCUGACAGCUGUCGCUUCAAGAUCCUCAAGCAUGCACCUGUAGAACCUAGACCUGAGGUUAAGUUGGAGGUGAAGUCGUGUGAUGUGAAGUCAGACAUGCCCCCACCCCCCUCUCCUGACUCCUCCACCUGUAGUGACCACAGCGGCCCCACCCUCAUCAGCACCUCUCUCAAGCGCAAGAAGGCGCCAACACCAAUGAAGGAUUUUGAUAAAAAGGAUGAGGAGAACUGGCCAUUAAAGAAUGUUAUCUUUGUGGAGGAUGUGAAAACUGUCCCAGUUGGAAAAGUGGUCAAAGUAGAUGGGGCGUAUGCAGUGGUUAAGUUUCAGUCCAGGGAUGCAUUAGAAUCGGGCAGUGGCAGAGAGGAUCCAGUCAGUCUAUUACAGGACUGUAGGAUACUCAGAAAGGAUGAGUUACAGGUGUUAAAGAAUGCCAAUGCCCCCCGCUUGCCUGAUUGUUUUCAGAAGACCCCCAAGAAAGUGACCUUGACAGAGAGCGGUCAGAUACUGGCUGUAGCUGUGGACUGUGAAGGUAUCCACCUGAUAGCUAGAUCUGGGUCACGCCUGAGCUACACGAUCUAUAACCUGACCAGUGGUAAAGUGGACCAAGAUGCCACCUUCCAGACAGAUGCUCAAACAUUUCUGGGAGAAAAUCGCAGUGAAAUCACACUACACAACACAGGAGAUGAGUUGUUGGUCCAGCUACAAGAUGGUAAUGGUGCCCUGUAUCCCCUGGCUAAGGACUGUGCGGAGGGCAUACGUGACCCCCUCUGGCUUAAUCUGCCCCCGGUCAGAGCCCUGGGGAUGAGGGUCCAGUGUCUGAACUCAGUGGGCAACAACAUGAAGAACAAAGCCUGUGUCCUGGUUCUUGCAGUCGAGCACCAGAAAUUGAUCCCGCACAUUUUGCGAUGUGACCUGGAGAAAGUCAAGUCUAUUCUGCUAUCCCUAGAGCAGGAACAAGAAUCAGCUGCUGGUCAGAAAAUUCUACAGGAAAUUGUAAAAGAGCAUUGUGAUGGUAACAGGAACAUCUUACACACCUGUGUGGCCAUGUGUAUACCCACUUCUAACAAAGACUAUGACCAAGAUCCAGUCCCUCUGUCGACGACCGGUGCUUCUGCCACCACCACCAGUAGUAGCAGUUCAUUCAGCUCCGCCCUGGAAGCAAUCAAUGCAGUCAGCAGCGCAGUGGAUGCUCUCAAUGCCAUCCAGUCACGGACCAGUGAUCCAAGCUCAAGGUGUGUGAGUCUGAGAGAGAUGAUGAAGCGUGCUUCUUCUGCCGCCCGAGCGGUCAGUGGGAUGGACGUCAGGGACUCAGAGGACAUGUCCAUACCUACACUACAAUGGCCCCCUGACCCACCACCUCCACCCAGCUACGAGACACUUCAACAGGAACAUGGUAUCCCCCGCCAGUCCUCCAGCACUCAGAGUGUCCCCCUGGUAUCGGGGGAGUUCAGCACGGUGUCAAUUCCACCGGUCAAACUGGAGGAGAAGGAGAGGCGUGUGAAUGCCAUGGCCAUUCUGAAGAUCCUGUGUGAAUGUCCACAGCUACAGCCACAUCUGGUUGAACUACUCUCUGCUAGGAAUGCAGAUGGCUGUACAGUGUUUAUGCAGGCAGUGAGAGGCUGUGCCUAUGCCGCAGCUCUGGUGGUGCUAGACACAGCUAAGAGAGUAGCCACUAAUGAGUCUGGCUGGCUGGAUAGAGCCUCCUUCAUGCAGAUGCUUUACCCCACAGGAUCAAGCCUAGACAACUCCCCCCUACAGAUGUUGUGUUGUAAUGACACCUGUAGUUUUACCUGGACUGGACGAGAACACAUCAAACAGGAUAUAUUUGAAUGUAAAACCUGUGGUCUGGUGGGAUCUCUGUGUUGCUGCACUGAAUGUGCCAGGGUCUGUCACAGAGGACAUGACUGCAAAAUGAAGAGGACCUCUCCUACAGCUUACUGUGACUGCUGGGAAAAGUGUAAAUGUAAAGCUCUGAUUGCCGGCCAACAACAGCCUCGCUUCGAGUUGUUAAACCGACUGUUAACCGAGACAGAUCUGGUGAAGCUUCCCAACAGCAGAGGUGAGAACAUCCUGUUGUUCCUAGUUCAGACUGUGGGGAGACAGCUGAUAGAACAGAGACAGUACCGGCCCAACAGGACCCGGGUCCCCUCGUCCCGCAAAGCUAUCCCACAGGACCCAGACAAUCUAUGUGAGAACGUCCCUUUGUGGUAUGUGGAGAUGCCUGAGCAUGAUCUUGAACCCCCACGGUUCAGUCGUCGCUCACUGGAGCGGAUCCUCAAUGACUGGACUGCCGUGAAGUCUAUGAUUAUGAGUGGCAAGAAGGGAACCAGUUCACCGGAUGUUGUGUAUGAGGACCAGCUGUACCUGGACAGUCAGAGUGGCACGGCUAGAUUGGACAAGUUCACUCACAACCUACUGGUCAAGUGCAGUGUAGAGAUGCUGGAUACUUUGUUGACGACUUUGAUCAGAGAGAUGCAGAAUGAUAAUGUGGAGGGCAGGAAGGCAGAGGCUAGGACUGUGACCCGACGAUUUAUCAGAUCGGUGGCUCGAAUCUUUGUCGUCCUCAACAUAGAGAUGACCCCAGCCACCAACAAAAAGAAAAGUUCCAGUAUCACUGCCUGUCAGCCCUUGGUUAGAUGUAAGAGAGCCUUCAAUGCUCUGAUCACCCUAGCUAUAGAGGAGCUUUGUGAGAUGGCCGACUCCUUAAUUGCUCCGGUCAGGAUGGGGGUCCUACGGCCCACUGCUCCGUUCACUCUCGCCACGGCCAACAUUGAUGCCAUUCAGGGAAGUGAGGAAAUCUUCAACCUUGACCCCCUGCCCCCCAGGUCCCACCCAGCAGAUUCUGAGAACCACUCUGUGUCCUACAUCUCCCACCCACGCAUCUCCCAGAGUGUCCCCUCCCAGAGGGCGGGGCAGGAUGGGGACGAUGAUGAAAUGAUGCCCCCAGAGGAGGUGGAGGUAGGAGAAGGUAUGGGAGGUGAAGAUGACCAAUCAGAUCACGAGGAUCGUGAGGAUCACCAAUCGGAACACUCUGAUCAGGACCAAAUCGACAAUGAAGGAGGUGCUGGAGAAAGUGACAUGGAUGUCAUCUCAGAGAGUGACAGUGAGAGUAGUCAUAGCAACCAGGACAAUGUCAGUGUACAGAGGAGUGCUGUCACUGCGGCAACAGCUGGGUCAGACGCAGGGCUUGGAAGCCUGGCCCACUUUUCUGAGGAUUCCGGAGAAUCGUCCAAUCAGGAAGAAGAUUAUGAAAGUGAAGGAGAACAGAGUAAUGAUGGGAAUGAUGCUGAUGACAUGAACUUCAUUGAUGAGCAGCUGGAGAGAUGUCAUACUUCAGGUUCUCAUGGACAGAGGACACUCCAGGCCCCUCAGACCAUGCAGUGGGCAAUCAGACAGAGAGAGACCCCCACCACAAGACCCCCUCCUACAUCAGGCACCACCACCACCACAGGAGGUACUGGUGGCCUGAUCUACAUUGAUCCCGCCACUCUGAGGAGGACCAGUACGGUUACCACGACAGCGGUCCACCAUCACCAGGAGAACCAGGUUACCAUGACGACCACCGCCAGUCAGCUGGCGCGUGCCUUCAGUGUCGUGGUGCGACAGAUCGCAGACUUGUUAACAAUGAUACAGGACUACAAUGCUCUGGCUCCAGGACUGCCCAGAGUGUUAGAGAUUUCUGACCAAGAAGCCAGUGAUCUACAGUGUUACACUGAGAUGCAUUUGUCCCUGACCUGGGACUGGCUGAUUGAUAUAAUGGACUCCACUGAGGCCCAGCUGCGGUUUGGUGCAGCCCUCUGUCACACCACCGACCCCGCCAAUCCUAGUCACCCCCUCCACUCCAACUACGUCCGUAACCUACGGGAGAGAACAAACCGUGAGGAGAGUCGUAUCCUGCAGGCUCUGGACAGACGCAGAGCUAGGUUUGGAACCAUUGGAGCUGAUGGAAACCUGGCCCGUCGUGAAUUCCUGAAUUACGCUCUUUCUCUGAUGAGGUCUCAUAAUGAUGAACAUGCUGACUCGCUGCCCAGUCUUGAUAUCCUGUCUAUGAGACAUGUCGCCUAUGUGUUUGAUGCUUUGAUAUAUUACAUGAGAAGUGGUAUUGACACAGAUGCUGAUGUUUUCAGGGAUGGUAUUUCUGUCAUUUCCUGGGACCAUGAUGAAAACGAGAAUGAGGAGCAUGAUGAUGAUCCUGUCACCAACAUGUCGAUGGACAACGAGAGUGUGGACGGCGAGUCUGAUGUCACCACGAAGUCUGGACGCAAACACCAGUUCUUCCACCGCUCGGACUCCACCACUUUCCUAGGAUGUCCGCCACCAGACCCAUUCCAGACACCUCUGGUACAGGCCCUGCCAUUGGCUGACCUCCCACAUCUCCUCCAACCAAACGCUAGGAGAGAAGACCUGUUUGGCAUGAUACGACAGGCUGUAGCACCUUUCAGGGCAUCCUCAGACGUAAAGUCAGCACAGAAGAUGUCAGGCAGUAGGAAUCAAUUUGAUAAAUUGCCAAUCAGAAUGGCCCUAUCUGAGCGCCGCUCAGCCAGCUGUCUGAUGCAGACCUCUUCUCUACCCAUGGCCUCUGUGCCAGGCCCUCUAUCCCAACCAGGACCCUCCCAUCUUCCUGAUGCCCCCUUCAGUAGUGCUAGUGUAAUAGUGAAACCUCCCUCUCAGACUUUACCUUCUCAAAUGGCUGGCAGCCAGCCAGGAGAUACAACUAUGCUCAGCAAUAUCCCCUUGCCAGGACAGAGUCCAGAUGUGAGUAAAUCCAAUGAAAUGUUAAAUCAGGCUAGUGUGAUUGUACAUUCCAGUGCAGCCCAAGGUUUGCCUUUACCAGUACCAGCCUACUCUGGUGCUCAGCUACCCGAUGGAAGGUACAUGCCCGGAGAAAGGCGAAUGGAUCCACACAGUCAAAUGAGUAGUCAGUCUGACUCUUUAAACAGAAGUCUGAAUAUCCAACCCCCCUCCCUGAGUUCUGUCCCCUCAGACUCCUCCUCUUCCCUAAUGUCGGGGGUCACCACCCAGUGUAGCACGGGUAUGUCCUCAUCCCUGACAAAGAGCAAUACAGAUAGCAGUGGGAUGUCGAUGGGAGUGCUACCAGGGAUGAUGGAGUCCCAGUCCAUGCAGUCUCUGCCCUCGGAGAGCAUGCCUGACAGCGCCCCCUUCCCCGACCAGAUCCCUGGACCCUCCACAAUGGAGAUGGCUGACCAGAGGACGCCCUCAUCUAGUGAUGGUCCAUCCAUGCAGGCCAGCUACAGUGACACGUUGCCCUCAGGGUCUGUGGAGCCUGGUCUAGACAUGGUGGGAGCUCAUGAGAAUGUCUGUAACACGGUGGACAUAGAGACCUCAGCUGUACCCCCAGGUCUGGGACCGGUCAGGCUUAACCCCUUGAGUAACUUGGUUUCACAUGACGUUUUGCUUGGGCGAUGGCGAUUGGCCCUUGACCUGUUUGGGCGUGUCUUCUGUGAUGAUGUGGGGGCGGAGCCUGGAUCUGUCAUCAGUGAACUGGGGGGAUUCCCGGUCAAGGAGAGCAAGUUUAGACGUGAGAUGGAAAAGAUCAGAAACUCUCAACAGAGGGAUAUCAUCUUGGAUGUGGAAAGAGACAGGAAUUUGUUAAUUGUUCAGUCAUUCAAGCAACUCAACACUCAGUAUAACAGGAGAACCAACACCAGCGGUCCCCCUCUGGCUGUUCACAGGGUCAAGGUCACCUUCAAGGACGAACCAGGGGAGGGUAGCGGAGUAGCCAGGAGCUUUUACACUGCCAUAGCUAAUGCUGUUUUAUCACAAGAAAAGCUUCCUUCAUUAGAUGGGGUGCUGAUUGGAGGCAAAAACCUGCAGUAUAAUUUACUACAAAGAGCAAGAUCUAGAGAGAGAGAAAGAGAGAGACAGCGGUCCACUCUCCGCAGACAGCGUAGCAGGGAGAGGGACACUAGACGUACUCUGUCCUAUGACGCCCCUCCCUUCUACAUGCCAGCAGAGGCCCCUGUAGCCAACAAUAACAACCCCAGUCCAGCGGGACCCCCCUCCUCGGACUCCAGCUCUGAGGGCGGACCUGACACCGUGUCACAGUACCGCAGACAGCUGGGAGAGAGGCUGUACCCUAAAGUCAGGGCUCUACAACCAUCUCAGGCCCCUAAGAUAACUGGUAUGUUACUAGAAUUGUCCCCAGCCCAGCUGCUGUUGAUGUUGACCUCAGAGGAGACCCUGAGACAGAGAGUGGAUGAAGCUGUAGAUAUAAUCAUGUCUCACGGAAGAGAGCUGAGUGCUGAAGCUCUUUUGGAUCUGGAUAUCUUCAAUCUGUCUGCAAGCGACAAGAAGAAGAAAUUGACGGACCGUAAAAACGAGACGGAGGAGGAGGAAGAACUGGAGGAUAACUCUCCGCUGUUCUGGCAGCCCGGAAAACGGGGGUUCUACUCCCCGCGACCCGGGAAAAGCACACCAGAGAGGCUCAACGCAUUCAGGAAUGUCGGAAGAAUAAUAGGUCUGUGCCUGUUACAAAACGAGAUGUGUCCCUUGUUCCUGAAUCGCCAUGUCCUGAAGUACAUCCUGGGUCGUAAGAUUGGCUGGCACGACCUCGCCUUCUUUGACCCCGUAAUGUAUGAGAGUCUCAGACAGGUGGUCCUGGACUCCGAGAAUAAGGACGCCUCCCUACUGUUUGCUGCGCUGGAUAUGAACUUCUUUGUACAACUUGGAGUAGAGGAGGGUGGGGAAGAAGUAGAACUUAUCCCCGGGGGCAGUGAUGUAGAAGUUAAUGCUCAGAACGUACAUGAUUACGUGCGUCGCUAUGCAGAAUAUAGAAUGGUUAAAGUACUGGAAAAAGCAUUAAAGCACUUAAAGCUAGGUGUAUUUGACGUAAUCCCCAGUAGUUCUUUGGAGGGACUGACCGCAGAGGAUUUGAGACUUCUACUGAACGGCGUGGGGGACAUCAACGUACAGACACUCAUCAGCUACACGUCAUUUAAUGAUGAAAGUGGUGAAAGUAAUGACAAGGUCCAGAGAUUUAAGCGCUGGUUUUGGUCAGUUGUGGAGAAGAUGAACAACCAUGAGAGACAAGACCUGGUAUAUUUCUGGACAUCGAGUCCAGCUCUCCCUGCUAGCGAGGAGGGAUUCCAGCCCAUGCCCAGCAUCACCAUACGCCCGGCCGGAGACGACCAUCUACCGACCGCCAACACCUGUAUAUCACGGCUCUACAUACCACUCUACUCCUCCAAAGUCGUGCUACGCAGCAAAAUGCUUCUAGCCAUCAAGACCAAGGCUUUCGGUUUUGUGUAGAAUCAGGAGGCACAGUUCGGAUUGACAAGAGCUCUCUUAUAGACUGAGCAGUGAUGAUAAUUUUGGCAUCAUUGAAGUGCUUUCAUCUGCUUAUUUAAACAUUUAUGGAUAAAUUAUUCAGCAUUUGGUGCACAUGCUUAAUAGAGAUCCACACAAGAUCCAUGUGAACAUGAACAAAGUUCCAGAUUUUGAUCCCUGGAUUUUGCUGAAUCGGCCAAUGAAAUGUGGCAGUUAUAAUCAUGGUGUUCAAUUAAUUUUUAAUUCAAUAUGGAAGUCUGUGUGACUGUUUGUAAUGUGUGAUGUUUGUGAGGUAUAACAGAAAGCAAAGAAAUGCUUUAUAUAUAACUGUUGAAUGGUUUACCAAUUAAAAUUGGAGAUUCCUAA